UCUCUCCCACAAGGGUCCUUGCUCAUGGUGAGUCCACCCCCAGGAAUAUGGCUGUUGAGAACUGAAACAUUUAGGUUCUGUUUUUCUAUGUAAGUAGAUUCCCAGUUUUCUUUUUGUAAGUCAAUGUGGUGGAUUUGAUGUGUGAUAAACUCCUGCUUUACUGGGUUCUAUCUUUCAAUUCUCUACUUUUUGGCUCACAAAAAACAAAAUUAAACCAUCUCCUUAUCCUAAUCUUGAGAGGAAAUAGCCUCCCCCUCUACAGUUCCCAUUUCCCUUUGUCCCACUUCCUCAGGGAUCAAAACCUUCUCCAAAACCCCUCUCCAUCCUUGGAUCAGGAGCCUUUUCUCCUGUGGUUUUUGCACCUGCUCUCUUAACUCACUGGAAGGUAAUCUUUGGUCUCUUUUGGUUCCUUCUCUGAGGAUACAUUCUAGAAGCUUCAGCCUCAGGGGGAAUGCCUUACAACCUGCCUUCCUGUAGCCAUGAACCCUCUCUUGCUUCCCUCUCCACCUCUCAGGAGACUUAACUCCACUUGAUGGGCUUGUGGUAGGAGGACACACCAGCUCUCUAAACUCUGCACAUGAAGCUGUGUCUUCACAGGGCUGGCUAGGUUUGGUGGUGAUCUCUAUUUGGCCUGCCCAAAGGUCUUGCUCUGCAGAGGGGCUUAAAGAAGCGGAAAUAUCAGACUGCUAUCUUUUAAGUCAGAGAUUGCCAAGUGGCAGCCCCCACCUAUACUAGUCUUCGUGGUUUUGUUAACUGCCUGGUCCUUGCUCUUUAAGUCCUGAAUUUAACCUGAUUUCCAUCCCCACGCCCCCAUCCCUGUUAUGAUUCUGCAUAAGCUUAGGCUCUCCCUUGGGCUUCGUUUAUUUGCUCUGUUUCAUGUCAGAGAGUUCUGAUCCAGGACCAGCAACUCACUCUUUCUCCCCUCACCUUCACAGGCUUGAGAAUAUGCCGUUCCUCCCUCCCCUUUCCACCAUGGACCCCACACUGUCGCCUUCCCCUCAGAAUCUCUGAGAUUGGUACCCAGACAAGGCACAAUGCCCUUGAGCCACACAAGACUGCUCAGCCCCUACAGCUCUGACCGGCUAGUACGGUUGGCAGCCAGGCUCUGGCCAGCACUAUGUGAUGCCCUGAUCACUGUGGGGAGCCAGGAGUUCCCUGCCCACAGCCUGGUGCUAGCAGGUGUGAGCCAGCAGCUGGGCCGUAGGGGCCAGUGGUCUCUGGUGGAAGGUAUUAGCCCUUCCACCUUUGCCCAGCUUCUGCACUUUGUUUACGGGGAGAGUGUGGAGUUGCAACCUGGGGAGCUAGGGCCCCUUGAAGAGGCAGCCAGGGCUUUGGGGGUACAGGCUCUGGAAGAGGCAUGCAGGAGGGCUCGAAGGGACAGGGCUAAAAAGGAGUGGGAUCCAGGGAUGAAGAGACAACAGGAGGACUCAGAGGAACCCUCAAGGGAUUUUGAGAGAGGACUGGGGGGCCUUGGAGAGAAGCAGAGACCAGAGAAGUUUUUCAGAGCUGGUGGGAAAGAACAGGAGAUGUUGCACAAGUCCAGGCCACCAAGAGAGAGCCCCAAGGUAGCAGGGGCAUUGUGGGAGGGGCAGGGGGAGCCAAUGAAAUCAAACGAGGAGAAACUCAACCAAUCCCCUGUUGGCCAUGGGGGAACAGAUGGGAAGCCAGGAGUGAUCAUGUGGGUGAAAGAGAGUCCAGGGGGCUCUGAGGAAAGUCUUCAGGGACUAUCGAGCUCCCUCCAAGCCAGCAUCAUCCCCAAGCCCUGGAGGGCUGAGGCUCCUUGCUUAGGGAAGGACCAGCCUGCCCUGUGGAGCAUCCUGCUGUGGCCGCCCAGAUAUGGCACUCCCUUCUCCCAUAGCACCCCCAACAAUGGAGCCUGGCAGGAGGUCUGGCCUUGGAACCAGAGCAACUUCCCCAGGACCCCACUGUCCCUGAACCCCCACAAAGGGCUCUGGAGCCAGAACCUGUUGUCCUCCAGCCCCACCCCAGGUGCUCUUGAAACCUGCAUGGGUCAUGACAGGAAUGCAGGCCACCCAUCUUGCCAACAUCCUCCCUCAAACCCUCCUGUUCGGGAAAGGCCCUAUUCUUGCUCUGUCUGUGGAAAGAGGUUUUCACUCAAGCAUCAGAUGGAGACGCACUACCGAGUCCACACAGGCGAGAAGCCCUUCUCCUGUGGCCUCUGUCCCCAGCGCUCCCGGGACUUCUCUGCCAUGACCAAGCACCUCCGUACGCACGGGGCCGCGCCCUACCGCUGCCCUCUGUGCCGGGCUGGCUGCCCCAGCCUGGCCUCGAUGCAGGCACACAUGCGCGGCCACUCGCCCAGCCAGCUCCCGCCGGGAUGGACCAUUCGCUCCACCUUCCUCUACUCCUCCUCCUCUAGGCCGUCCCAGGCCUCGACUUCUCCCUGUAGCCCCCCUUCCUCCACCAUCUGAAGGGGUGUCAGGAGCCUCUUUAGCCUUAGCCAAGAGCCUAAUGAAAGAAUGAGAAGUGUGCCAGCGGUCCCGCCCGCCUCCUGACCCGGCAGCUAGCAAAUUCGGCUCCAGAUGCGCAGCAGAAACGGUGCCGAGAGCCUUCUCACGGACGACCGCGGGCUGCAGAAGUCUGGGCCGGCAAGCCUGAGUGGGGUGAGGGCAGUGAAGUUUGCACGAGUGAAGAUCAACUGUACGGGCGCUGAUGACUACAUCAUCAUAAUAAAGAGUUUCCUGUGUUCUCCACUAACGACAAGAAAGCCGAGUCCAGACUAGUCUGUGUGCCGGGGU